UCCAGGGUCUCUCUAACUUAGCGAGUCUCGGCAGCGGCCGCCUCCUACUAGAAACUGCUUCCGCGGCCCGGGGUGGCGAGGCCGGGAGGUGGCGGGCGGCAUGAGCGCGGUGGGCGUCGGCGCGGCGCGGACGCUGCGGGUGCCCGGCCGCCACGGCUACGCGGCCGAGUUCUCCCCGUACCUGCCGGACCGCCUGGCCUGCGCCGCCGCCCAGCACUACGGCAUCGCGGGUUGUGGAACCCUACUAGUACUGGAUCAAAAUGAAUCUGGGCUUAGGCUUUUUAGAAGCUUUGACUGGAGUGAUGGUUUGUUUGAUGUAACCUGGAGUGAGAACAACGAACAUGUCCUCGUCACCUGCAGUGGUGAUGGCUCGCUGCAGCUCUGGGACACAGCCAAAGCCACAGGGCCGCUGCAAGUCUACAAAGAACACAGCCAGGAGGUCUAUAGUGUCGAUUGGAGCCAAACCAGAGGUGAACAGCUUGUAGUGUCUGGCUCAUGGGAUCAGACUGUAAAACUGUGGGAUCCAACUGUUGGAAAGUCACUGUGCACUUUUAGAGGCCAUGAAAGUGUCAUAUACAGCACAAUCUGGUCUCCCCACAUCCCUGGUUGCUUUGCUUCGACCUCAGGCGAUCAGACACUGAGAAUUUGGGAUAUGAAGACAACAGGAGUCAGAAUCGUGAUUCCAGCACAUCAGGCAGAAAUUUUGAGCUGUGACUGGUGUAAAUACAAUGAGAAUUUGCUGGUGACAGGAGCAGUUGACUGUAGUUUGAGAGGCUGGGACUUGAGAAAUGUGCGACAACCAGUGUUUGAACUUCUUGGUCACACCUAUGCUAUUAAGAGAGUGAAAUUUUCACCAUUUCAUGCUUCUGUGCUGGCCUCUUGCUCCUAUGACUUUACUGUGAGAUUCUGGAACUUUUCAAAGCCUGAUCCUCUUCUUGAAACGGUGGAACAUCAUACAGAGUUUACUUGUGGUUUAGAUUUAAGUCUUCAUAGCCCUACUCAGGUGGCUGACUGUGCUUGGGAUGAAAUGAUAAAGAUAUAUGAUCCUGCUUGUCUUACUGUUCCUCCUUGAAAUACACAGCUCUGGUCAGAAAAAAAGGACUAGACCUGAAGAACUACUUAGCAGGAAAUAAAUUAACUAUUGAUAAUACAGACAUUAGGCUUCUAUAUGCUAUUCAGACUUCAAUUUUUAAAAAAAAUUUAUCAUGGAAUCAGUUUUGAGGCAGCUGCUAGAGACUUUUGUUCACUAAGCCUAAUAUAUAAGCCAUAUUUCUUAAAAUCCUAAGGAAUAAUUGAUGUUACGGUAUAUCUUGUAACAUCUAUUAAAACGUUACCUCUGUAUUAUGUAAUAGAUUAAAAUAUGGUAGAUUAGUAAAUUAUAUUGAUAGUGCUGUACUUCAUUUUUAUGUCAUUUUUGAUGUAAAAUACAAUCACUGCUAUUGAUUAAAAUAAAAAUAAACUGUAUCUCUUGAUCAUUUUAUGAUAUCCCCAACAAGAUUGUUUUUUUCUAAUAUACUGCAUAUAAAUACAGUACUAUUUAAAUCUUUUUAUUUUUUAUGUAUAAUGUUGGAAACCCUGGUGGUGUAGUAGUUAAGUGCUAAGGUUGCUAACCAAAAGGUCAGCAGUUCAAAUCUACCAGGCACCCCUUAGAAAUUUAGUGGGGCAGUUCUACUCAGUCCUAUAGGAUCGCUAUGAGUUGGAAUCGACUUGAUGGCAAUGGGUUUUUGGGUAAUCGUUAUGUACAAUGUAGACAUAUCUAUAGUUCAAUAUCAGGGCUUUAAUAUAGGUUUAAUUUAUUCAUUUCUUUACCAGUUAAUUAGUGAGCAUCUGCUGAGUGUCUGACACACAGAAUAUACUGAGUAUCUGACACAUAGAAUAAAUGACAUUUUUCUGAAGGACUGGUGCCCUGUUUUAAGAACAUGGAAUGUUGUGAGCAAAGAGCUUACACUUUAAUAUACUUAUUCAAAACUUUAGAUAUUGUACCCAUGACCUUUUAUUUUCCUUUUCCUACUCUUCUAUUAUCAAAUGUUAAAAAAAACUGUUCACUGAGCAAAAAGUCUUAGGUGUUACCAGUGUGUCCAACAAUUGCUCUUUUUUUUUUUUU